AGAGUGAAAGCGGCUCUGUUUACAUCUGCGGAAUUUCCCAGCUCGCGCCGCGAACCACUUCCGCAAACCUCCGACCGAUCAAAGACGCGUCUCCGUCAAGUACAGGGAAACAUGUUUGGUAAGUGACGGGGGUGACAGAUGGAGGGAAAAGGCCCAUAUCGCAUCUAUGACCCCGGUGGGAGCGAUUGCCAGGUGAAAGACGAGGCCAGCAGCCUCAGCUACAGACAGCUGCUAGAGGAAAACACCGUUUUGAGGGAGAGAAUGAAAGGUCUGAAGAGUUUAGGAGACCUGUUAGAGGAGUCUCAGACAGAGGCAGCCAAGCUUCGGAAGAGGGUGGAGGAGCUGGUGAGGGAUAACGAAACUCUGAAGUCGUCCACGACCAGUUUUGCCUCCAGUCUGUGCAUGGGUGCCCCUGUUCAGAUAAACACACAAGGUCAUGGAAAACAUCACGCUCAUCCUACAACAGAAAGACAAGAAUCUCGGGAUUGUUUAACUGGAAAUACUUUACAACCAGAGGCAACUGAAAGUUCAUCUGAGUUUGAGGUGGUGAAUAUGGAAGAGAAGACGGUCUCGGAAACCCAGACGGCUGGAGUGAUGCACCUGCCACAGGAGAACAUGGAGCUGGCGAGUCAACUCCGGCGUCUGGAGAGUUCUUUUAGUGUAUUUGCUGAAGAGUCAAAUCCCAACCAGCUGCUGGCUCACCUGGGCCGCAUGGCUGUGGAAUUCCACCACUUAUCAUCCAAGGUCCAGAAGAACGAACAGAGAACAUCUCUCCUACAGACACUCUGCGAACAGCUAAGACAGGAAAACAACGAGCUUAGGAAAAAAAUGGAGGAGGACCUCCAGUACCGUAACCGUGAUCUGGAACAGCUGAGGCAGGAGAAUUUGAAACUGAAGGAGCAAGUCAGCGGAGGAGCCCAGGCAGCACCUAUUGAGCAACCAAGCCCAAAGGAGGAGCCAGUGAAAGAAGAGACAACCAAAACUAAGGUGGAAAUGACCAUGACUCAGCAGUCUGGUAAAGCUGUGGACAAAACACCAUCUAAGACUUGUGAUCCGGAGGUGUAUGAGAAAAAGAUCAAGCUUCUGGAGAAACAGAGGAAAGAUGUACUGGAGGUGAACAAACAGUGGGACAUUCAGUGGAAUUCAAUGAAGACACAGUUUGAGCAGAAGAUCACAGACCUAAGGCAGCGGCUCGCUGACUCCCAAAAGGCUGUGCUUGAGCUCGAAGCAGAACGUGAACAGAGACAAAGAGAUUAUGACAAAAAACUCCUCCUCGCCAAGUCUAAGAUCGACAAUGUGCAGGGUGAGAAGGAGUGCCUCACCUCAGAAACAUGUGAGUUGAAACAAAAGGUGCGUUACCUGCAGGACCAGAUGCUGCCACUUACUAAACAAAGAGAAUACCAGGAGAAAGAGAUCCAAAGGCUUAAUAGGGCAUUAGAGGAAGCUUUGAACCUCCACUCUCCUUCCACCCAGCCAGGCAUGAACCUGGGAGAAGGUGUGGCCAACCUGAGACAACAGGAGCUGCACACACAGAUAGCUGUAUUGAAGGAGCAGGUGAAAAUCUUUGAAGAGGAUUUCCGGAAGGAGAGGAGUGACAGAGAGAGGAUGAACGAAGAGAAAGAAGACUUGAAGCGGCAGGUGGAAAGGCUGCAGGGUCAAUUGACCAAUCUGACGAAUCAGCUUCAUCAAGCACAGAAUGAGUGUCAGAGAGAGCGUGCAGAGAGGUGUAAACUAGAGAGACUGCAGAUGCAACAUAAGCAGGGGCAACAGGAAAGGAGGACGUCUGAUCCCACUUCUGGCUCGGCCAAUGGCCCGAUGAGCCCUCCAUACUGUGGCCCGUUUGUACAGGUGGGCCAUCAAGGUCUAGAGGGGUGGCCCAUACACUUCCCGCCCAGGAUGCCUAACAUCAGUACAGCACCCGGCAGGGAUUUCCAGCCUGUCAACCCCGGUUUUCCCUGGCAGUCAUCCUUCCCACAACCACGUGGUUCCAGAGGACAAGCAGACACAGCGAGACCCCCUCCAGAAACUGCAGAAAUGGGAGCAACUGGAUUUGGGAAAAGGGAGCGUGAAUUGUCUUGA